AUCGAGCAAAGGUGUCUAAGAGCUACAAAAUUUACAAUCGUCGGACCUUUGGAGAUUCACGAAAUCGUGCGGAAAGUUUGCAUCGUUUACUGCUAAAUCAGGCGUUGUGGAAGAGAUUACAAGUCGAUCACUCGUAGGCUCCAAAAACAUAAAGAUAAACAUUGAUAAUUUGAAUUCAGUAGUUUUCAGCAGUUUGAAUUCAAUUAUAUUGCUCCAACUAUGAGCCCUGUUUAUAGGCGCCCAUACCCUGCAUACUAUUGGGCUCCAACAAAUGUUGAAGCUCAACCAAUACCAAUUCGGGAGGAGCCUUAUUCUUACAGAGAAGCAAGACCCCAAGAAUGGGGUUAUGGUAACUGUGAAGGACCUUAUUGGUAUUAUCAUCAGCCUGGGAAAGAUGGAUACUAUUCUUAUUGGCCGAAGUAUGGAGAUUGGGAGCCCAAAUUUUAUGAACGAAAUGCCAAAGAUUUUGGUGGCGAUUUUGGCAGGGGUUUUGGCAGAGAUUUAAGGCCGGUCUAUGUUUAUCCUCCUCCUCCUCCUGCUGCUAGUGGGCCUUUUACAUUUAGGCCUUUUCAUUCAGGCGACCAGUUUCGGCGCCCUGAUGAGUAUCCAAUGAGGUUUGUACCCGUGGCCCAUGAAUCAGCAUCAGAUCCCUGUGAAAAACGACAGGUGAAACCUCACUGUUGUGGGUGUCCGAAUCAUGUGUGCGGACUUGAGACAAGGACUAUGAAGGGAGAUGAACGGAAAGGGCUAACGGAAGGCUAUACUGAGGAGGAUGUGAAGACAAAGAGACAGAAUAUGCAGGAAUUGGCUGGGCCUGUUGUGUGUUUUAAUCCUUUGGAAUGGUAUGGCGAAGCUCCUGAUAAUAGAAAUAGAAAUGAAGGGCAAGCAGAGCAUCCUGUUUACUGGGUUCCUGUAAAUUGGAACCGAAAUGAGAGGGAUAAGGACCAGGAGAGGUGGUUACCAGGGAAUUGGAUUCCGUCGGACAUAAACUCCAAGCCUUUAGGGUGGGGAGAAUGUAAGAACGAGCUUCCUGGAUAUUGGAUUCCCUUGGACUCAAGCAUCGGGCCUAAAGCUUUGGAAGAUUGCAAGAAAAGAUCUCAAUUUGAAGGAAAUGAAAAUAAGAAUAAGUUUCCUGGAUAUUGGAUUCCACUAGACUCGAUCGCUAAGCUUCAAGGAGAACAAAAAGAAAAAGAGAAUUCUUUAUCUGAGGGAAAAUUGCAUCCUUUCGCUGUUCUCUGGAUUCCCGAAGAAAACUUAAAGAUGGCAAACUCUCAAGAAGGGAUACCGAAUGAAAGUCUUGGAAACAGGCCCACAUUUGUUCAGAAGUUCGGAAAUGAGGAUGAGAAACAGAGGAUUGGCGAGGCAAGCAAAGAAACAAAGGCAAGAGGUGUUCAUGUGGAACCGAUAGGAGAAGGUAUUUUUAAUAUGGCAAACCCUGAGGAAGGAACUAAGAAUGAAGGUCUUGAAGAAGAGCAGAAGAAAAUAAAUGAAUUAGGUGGUAGGCCUGUAAUUGUGCAGGAAGUUGGAAGAGUGAAUGAAAGACAAAGGCCUGAGGAGGUUAGAAAGGAAACCAAAACAAGAGAAAUUCCUGUGAAGCAACUAGAAGAAGAAAAAUCUUCAGCAGCGGAGAAGGCAAAUGAAAGUGUUACGAAUGUAAAGGCAAGAGACAUUCCUGUGAAGCAGCUAGAGAAAGAAAAGGCUUCGCAGGCACAGGUGCAGAAGUUAGACGAAAAGGCUGCAGAGAAUCACAAGGCAUCCUCACCUAGGGCUUCCAAGCUUCCUCCCGUGUGUCUCAGAGUUGAUCCUCUUCCUGGAAAGAGGAAGACCAAUGGCAAAAGUUCUUCAAGGUCUCCUAGUCCCCCUCAUAAGGAUAAUGACUUGACAACUAAUGCCUCAUUGCAAAACACUAAACCUGAGACAACAAAUCCCUCAUUGCAAAAUACUAAAUCUGAUGCUUCCAAGAUCCCUGUGGAAUUAAAGAAGGCCGGGGAAAAUGCAAGUUUAAAAGCUUCCAAGCAUGCUGGUGAAACAAAGAAAGUUGAUGACGAUGCAAGUUCGAAGGCUUCAGAGCUUGGUGAUGAAACAAAAAAGGGUGAGGAAAAUGCAAGUUUAAAAGCUUCCAAGCAUGCUGGUGAACCAAAGAAAGUUGAUGACGUUGCUAGUUUGAAGGCUCCAAAGCUUGGUGAUGAAGCGAAAAAUGCUGGGGAAAAUGACUUGGAGAAAAAUUUAAUCCUUGAUAGUGAAUUAGUAAAGGUUGACCAGGAUUUGAAUGCGCAGGGUAAAGAUGAUGGUAUUACCAAAACAGAGCUCAGUAGGGAUCAAGCUGCCUUAAAGAUCCAGGCUGUGUACCGGGGAUGGCAAGUACGAAAAUUCAAGCCUCUGAGAAAACUUCAUGAAAUUGCCAAGAUCAGGCAUCGGAUGGAGGAGCUUAAACAACAGAUUAUGAGCCCUGAAUUUGAGGGAGAGCUCAGGAGAGAUGACAAAACAAAGGUGAAAAUGAGCGAAACUUUAAUGGGCCUGCUACUUCGGCUAGAUACCAUUCAGGGAUUGCGUCCAGUGGUCAGAGACGUUAGAAAGUCUUUGGCCCGAGAACUUGUUCAACUGCUGGAAAAGCUUGACACUCUUGUUGAAGAGGCUCGUUCCAGUCACUUGCAGCCAUGUAUGAUAUACGAAAGAGAGAACAAAGUAGAUGCUGUGCAGCAGAAGAUUGAUAAUAAAGAAAAGGGUUUGGAUGCUACAGAGGACUCUUGUAAUACUUUGUUAGGCAUUAGAUCAGAAAAUCAAGAAAUAGAAAAUGAAUUAACAAAAGAUGACAAUGCAGAGGAGAAAGAAACUAUCAAGCAUGAUUCAUUUGAAAUUGAAAAUGAAGUAAAUAAUGAUGGCAGAGAGAAUGCAUUUGCUUUGAAAAAAGCUGAAAGUAAAGAGGAACCUGAAAAUGCAAUUACCAACAACAGGGAAACUGUAGAAGACAAUAUACCUGUUGAGCAGGAGACUCUGAAAGUUUCUGGUAACCAGGACAUUGAUAUUCAGGAACUUGAAAAUGCAAUUACCAACAGGAGGGGAACUGUUGAAGACGAUGUACCUGUCGAGCAAGAGACUCUCAAAGUUUCUGGUAACCGGGAAAUUGAAAUUCCUUCUUUGUCGAUAGAUCUGGAGAAUGAAGAGGCUGAAAAAGAGGAUGAAAAUCUUUCAAAUGAAAGAAAGCCACUGGUCGCUUCAGAGGAGAUGAUUUCAUUAAGUAACGAGGCAGUGGAUAAAGCGGACAAGUCGGAACCAGCUUUUGAGAUAUUCUCUGUGGAGGAAGAUAAGAAAUCGAAACCUAAUAACCUCAUGAAGCAAGAUUCAACCCUGCCUCCUGUCGUAGACAAAGAAAUAUGCCCAUUAUCAAUUCUUGCCCAAGAGCAGGAAGCUGAAGCUUCAGACAGUUUGAACCCGUUGGAUGACAAUGCAAAUACUUCGCAGAAGAAUGCUCCUUUGGAGCAAGGAUUAAAAUUGGAGGUUAUUGGGUUUGAGGAAGAGAAGACAAAAUCAUCGCCUGAGAACGAUUUUAUAGACAGAGAGGAGAAUUAUGAACCUGGUAAUCUCAAAGAACCAAAUUCAGCUCUGCCUCCUCCUGUAGAAAAUGAUAUAUGCAAAUCAUCAACUCAGGUUCAAGAUCUCGAGAAGAAUGCGACUCUCGAGCCAGUAGCGAGAACAAUGCUUACCGAGGCUAAGGCAGAGAAGUCUGAAGCAUCUCUUGAGAAAGUUUUUGUAGAGGAGAAAACAGAACCUAAUAACCUCAAGGAGGCAGACUUAGCUCUGUCUCUUGCAGUGGAUAAAGAAAUAUGUCCUGACAAUUCAAACAUCUUGGAUGAGAAUAGAAAUGUUUCAGAGAAAAAUGUCUCUCUGGACCAAGAAGGAGAAGUGAUGCCCAUUGAGCUGGAGGCAGAACCUGAAAACCAAAUCAACGCCGAGAAGGUUGAGGUAUCUGGGUUUCAAUUGAAUAAAUGUGAAAGCAAAGAAUUAGAAGAUGCUCUUCCAGUGAAGACUGCAGGAGACAGCAAUGUGGAAUUCAUUACUGAGACUUCCUCUCAGGUGGUUUCUGAUAGCCUCUCUGUUUCACAUUCUGAUGGUCUUGAUGAAACCAAUUUGAGCAAAAUGGACAAGGCUUCAAAUGUGGCAGAAAAUAUGAGCGGAAAGGGAGAAUUUGCAGCUUCCAUGGCCCAAGAAUCAUGCGAUUCAGCUGUUGAGAAAGCCACCGAGGAUCUCAUAACAGUAAAUGAUUUUUCUGCUAUGAGCAACGUUAAAAAUGAUCUCCACCUCCAAAAUGAGGAACAAGUCUCCAGGUGCAGCAGAGCGACUGAUGACAUUGAAUCUGUGGCAUCUGACCUCGUAGGUACACCUGUAACGGAUAACUCAAUCAAUAAAAAUGAUCUUGUGCAUUCUGAAAACAUACAGCACUCGGAACCUAACAUUUCAAAAUUUGCAAAAACAACCCAAGAUCAUGAUAAGUGGGAGGAAGAAAAUGAAAAACUGAAGGAAAUGGUAGAGAAAUUGGUGGAAGCUGAGAAGCUGCAAAUGGCAACAAUAGCUCAGCUUAACGAUAAAAUAAAGCUUUUGGAGAAUAAACUUGGCAAAGGGAAAAAAACGAGGAAGCCCAGAGCGGGACAAUUGAGAGCAAGGAACCACAGAGUUGAAAGGAACACCAAGAAUGCCCCAGCCCUCCAGUGUUAGUGGCAGCCUCUGUCUUGCUUGAAUGACGAAAUAAUUAGUGCAUUUUUCUGUAUCUAGAGUGUGCUUUAUAUGUAAGAAGAAAGGGUGUAGCAUGGCAUGUUAUUUCCUUAAUAUAUAAUCUAUGCUGUUUAUUAGUA